AUGGUUACCACGGCGACGGUCACAACCGCCCUCUGGGUGUGCGUCUGCCUCUUUGUAUCUCGGGCCGCGGCCUCUCACGUCCCGCCAAAGAUGAGCAGAGCCGUCCAGAAGCUGCUGCAGUUCUACAAGAUCCCCGUCAGGGAACGCUUGAACGGCCGAGCCGUCUUCUCCAGAGAACUUCUUACCACCGACCUGCAGGCCAAGGAGGUUCUGAUGUCGGCAGCGCUGCAGACGUACGAGAAGCUGAUCCAGCGAAUGCUGAUGGAACUUCCUGCCCCGACAGCCUCCCCCUCGCCCCCCUCGCCCACCGGCGUGGACGUGCGUGCGGAGCUGAGCUACGUCCUGAAGCGCGUGCAGGAGCUGAGGAGGUUCCGCUUCCAGGAGCCGGACGCGCUGCUGGAGGCCCUGGAGCGCUUCCGACACAUCCAGAUGGACAACGUGGUGAUCCAGAGCAAAGCACUGUGGGAGCUGCCGUGGCUCUACGAGGAGGCCGGCUCCUUGGCGCACUAA